GACAUUCGCUGUGUUUUUAACUACUUCUAUCGCCCUCGCGGCAACAGUCCGUACGAUGCUGUCUUCGGUCCGGGCCCUCGCGACUACUCGCCUAUAAUCGCACGUACGACUAUCACUGCUCGGCAGAUUCUUACUAGCCGUCCAUCCUACCUCAAGGCCUUUAUUGUGCAUAGCCGCGGCGCUCUUAACGCGGCUUUUUAUACGAACAAUUGCGCCGCUGUUCUGCGAGGCGAGAAGGAGUUUACCGCAUUCGCUAGCUGCGUGUCCAUCGCCGAUAAGUGA